ACCGCGUUCGAGUUACAGUCAUCAGUCGAGAGCCGGAGUUGGGUCUGAUCAGAUCCACAGUAUUCUGACAAGGUUUUUUGAACGGAAAAGUAGAAACACUUUCACCACAAGAUGCUGAGGGAAACGAUUCUCGUUUUCGCUGCGCUCAUUGUGCUUGCCAGUACCACGCAAGUUAAUAAUUGUGAAUCUGGUCUCCCGUUCGAAGAUGCCGAUCAAAUCAGUAUAUCCGACUGCGACAAACCUGAAUGUCCAUUAAAACAAGGAUCGACUAUUAAGAUAGAAAUGAAACUUGUGCCUAACAAAGAUAUUCAGAGUUUAAAAAAUAACGUGCAGGGAAUUAUUACCGGCAUACCCAUACCGUUCGUAGGAGUUGAUGGAACAAAUGCCUGUGAUAAUAUUUACAACGCUGAUGGUAGCAAAGCCGGUUGUCCCUUAAAGAAAGGCGAACAAUAUAUAUACAAAAACAGUUUCCCUAUUUUAUCAAUAUAUCCCAGGAUUCCAGUAAUCGUAUAUUACGCAUUGAAAGAAGGAAAUGACAGAGUUGCGUGCUUCGAAGUACCAGCAAAAAUUACGAAAUAAAGUACUUCGUUUUGUUGAUUUCGGCAUAUUACAAUUAAAAAUCGUAGUGCUCGUAGCCAAUGUAACUCUGAGCUUAUGUAAUUUAAUUGGCUGAUAUUGUGUAGGAUAUGCAAAUAAUCCUUCCGAUAUGAAAUAUUGUGAUGUAU